AUGAGCGCCAAGAAGAGAGGGAGCCCCGCGCGGACUCAUUCCAUGAUGUCCCUGUCGGUGCGGCCGCAGCGCCGCCUGCUCAGCGCCCGGGUCAGUAGGAGCCAGUCCUUCGCAGGCGUCCUCGGAAGCCAGGAGCGGGGGCCCAGGAGCUUCCCGGCCUUCAGUCCCCCCGGGCCCCCUCGGAAGCCCCCGGCGCUCUCCCGAGUGUCCAAGAUGUUUUCAGUGGCGCACCCUGCCCCCAAGGUCCCGCAGCCUGAGCGCCUGGACCUGGUGUACACUGCGCUCAAGCGAGGCCUGACGGCCUAUUUGGAAGUGCACCAGCAGGAGCAGGAGAAACUCCAAGGACAGAUAAGGGAGUCCAAGAGGAAUUCCCGCCUGGGCUUCCUGUAUGACCUGGACAAGCAAGUCAAGUCCAUUGAACGCUUCCUGCGGCGGCUGGAGUUCCAUGCCAGCAAGAUUGAUGAACUGUAUGAGUCAUACUGCGUGCAGCGGCGUCUCCGGGAUGGCGCCUACAACAUGGUCCGUGCCUACAGCACUGGCUCCCCGGGGAGCCGCGAAGCCCGGGACAGCCUGGCUGAGGCUACUCGAGGGCAUCGCGAGUACACAGAGAGCAUGUGUCUGCUGGAGAGCGAGCUGGAAGCACAGCUCGGCGAGUUCCACCUCCGGAUGAAAGGGCUGGCCGGCUUCGCCAGGCUGUGUGUUGGUGACCAGUAUGAGAUCUAUAUGAAAUAUGGGCGUCAGCGCUGGAAACUACGGGGCCGAAUAGAGAGUAGUGGAAAGCAAGUGUGGGACAGCGAGGAAACCGUCUUUCUGCCUCUGCUCACGGAAUUCCUGUCCAUCAAGGUGACAGAACUGAAGGGCCUGGCCAACCAUGUGGUUGUAGGAAGCGUCUCCUGUGAGACCAAGGACCUGUUCGCUGCCUUGCCCCAGGUUGUAGCAGUGGACAUUAAUGACCUCGGCACCAUCAAGCUCAGCUUGGAAGUGACAUGGAGUCCCUUUGACAAGGACGACCAGCCCUCAGCUGCUUCUACUGUCAACAAGUCCUCUACAGUCACCAAGCGCUUCUCCACCUAUAGCCAGAGCCCACCAGACACACCCUCGCUUCGGGAACAGGCCUUUUAUAAUAUGCUGAGGCGGCAGGAGGAGCUGGAGAAUGGGACAGCAUGGUCCCUGUCAUCUGAAUCUUCUGAUGACUCAUCCAGCCCACAGCUCUCAGGCACUGCCCGCCAUUCCUCAGCCCCCAGGCCCCUGGUACAGCAGCCUGAGCCUCUGCCCAUCCAAGUUGCCUUCCGUAGGGCUGAGACCUCCACUUCUGGGCCCAUGGAUGAGGAGGGGGCUGUAGCCCCAGCCCUGGCCAAUGGGCAUGCCCCCUACAGCCGGACUCUGAGCCAUAUCAGUGAGGCCAGUGUGGACGCUGCCCUGGCUGAGGCUUCAGUGGAGGCUGCAGACCUAGAAAGUCUAGUCCGGGGACCUAGCCCACCUGCGUGCCCAGAUCCCACCCAUGGGGAGCACCCUGCUCCUGUCCCUCCUGCCCUGGAUGCUGGCUGUUCUGCCACAAGCCCCACUCUCAGUACAACAGGCCCUGCCCCAUCUGCUCACCUAGGCUCGGCUAACAAGACCAUAAAUUCUAGCUCUCCUGAACUGCCCACCCAGACCACUACAGGCUCCACCUCUAGUGCCAUAAGCCCUACCCAUAGUGCUCCAAGCCUCACUCACUCUACCACAGCUUCUACCCACAAGACCGUGGUCUCUGUCCUCACUGCCACAGGUCCUACCCCCAGUACCACAGGGCCAGUCCAGACCACCACAAGUCCCACCCACAAACCAGUGCUUUCUCCCCCGACUCCUGCAGCUCCUGCCCCCAAUACUACAGACCCAGUCCAGACCACCGCAAGCCUCAGCCACACUGUCACAAACUUGACACACACUGUCACAAGCACUACCAACAAGCCCAUGGUCUCUACUCUCAUUACCGCAGUCCCUACAGCCAGUGCCACAGGUCCAGUGCAGACUACCACUAGCCCCACCCACACCACCACAGGCCACACCCAUACCACCACAAGCCCCACCCAUACCACCACAAGCCCAGCCCACACUACUGCAAGCCCCACCCACACCACCACAAGCCCCACCCAUACUACUGCAAGCCCCACCCACACCACCACAAGCCCCACCCACACCACCACAAGCCCCACCCACACCACCACAAGCCCCACCCACACUACUGCAAGCCCCACCUAUACCACCACAGGCCCUACCCAUACUACUGCAAGCCCCACCUACACCACCACAGGCCCCACCCACACUACUGCCAGCCCCACCUACACCACCACAGGCCCCAUCCACACUACUGCCAGCCCCACCUACACCACCACAGGCCCCACCCACACUACUGCAACCACUACUCCGAAAGCCAAGAUGUCAACUAACACCACUACAGCCAAUGCUAAGGACCCAGUCCAGACCACCAGUAGUCCCACUCAUUCUGUCACAAGCCCCACUCUUAUAACUGUAAGCCCCUCCACUUUUCUAGACUUUGCCAAGCUCUCCAGCCCCUCUGCAAAUACAGACCCUCUCCACCUAGGCACUGACCCCCUGUCUGGUAGUUACCUAGCCUCCACUCCUUGCACUCAGGCAGACCCCAUAUCCCCCAGCACCUCCCAUCCAAGUCCUGCUUGUUCCAGUUGGGAGCACCUCACAAGCCCUUCCCCAGACCCCCCAGAAGCCAUCUGUCAGAGCCGAAGUCUCCUUCCCUCACCCCUAGCCCCUGUGCCCCAGCAUCCAGACCCUAAAGUGGCCAGGGCUGCUCCUGCCCCAGUUCCAGGGGCAGCUGGAGGGGCUGGGGACAGGAGGCUGGAAGAGGCUCUGGGGGCCCUGAUGGCUGCCCUGGAUGACUAUCGUGGCCAGUUUCCCGAGCUGCAGGGUCUGGAGCAGGAGGUGACCCGGCUGGAGAGUCUGCUUAUGCAGAGACAAGGCCUGACUCGGAGCCGGGCCUCCAGUCUCAGCAUCACUGUGGAGCACGCCCUAGAGAGCUUCAGCUUCCUCAAUGAGGAUGAAGAUGAAGACAAUGACAGUCCUGGGGACAGGCCCCCAAACAGCCUAGCACCUGGGGCUGAGGACAGCCUCGACUCGCCCAGUGCCCGACCCCUCAGCACAGAGUGUCCAGCUCUGGAUGCUGCCUUGGUUCAGCACCUGUAUCAUUGCAGCCGCCUCCUGCUGAAACUGGGCACAUUUGGGCCCCUGCGCUGCCAGGAGGCAUGGGCCCUGGAGCGGCUACUGCGGGAGGCCCGAGUGCUCGAAGCAGUAUGCGAGCUCAGCAGGCGAUGGGAAAUGCCUGCCACCUCUGCCCAGGAAGUGGUGCAGUUCUCGGCCUCUCGGCCCGGCUUCCUGACCUUCUGGGACCAAUGCACAGAGGGACUCAGCCCUUUCAUCUGCCCUGUGGAGCGGGUGCUCCUCACCUUCUGCAAUCAGUACAGCGCCCGUCUCUCCCUGCGCCAGACAGGCUUAGCUGAGGCCGUGUGCGUCAAGUUCCUGGAGGAUGCCCUGGGCCAGAAGCUGCCCCGGAGCCAGGCAGGCCCUGAAGAGCAGCUCACCAUCUUCCAGUUCUGGAGUUACGUCGAAGCCUUGGACUGCUCUUCCAUGGAGGCCUAUGUAACCGAGACAGCUGAGGAGGUGUUACUGGUGCGGAAUCUGAACUCGGAUGACCAGGCUAUUGUGCUGAAGGCCCUGAGGUUGGCACCUGAGGGGCGGCUCCAAAGGGACGGGCUCCGGGCCCUCAGCUCUCUGCUUGUCCAUGGGAACAACAAGGUCAUGGCUGCUGUCAGCACUCAGCUCCGGAGCCUUUCGCUGGGCCCUGCCUUCAGGGAAAGGGCCCUGCUGUGCUUCCUGGACCAGCUGGAGGAUGAGGAUGUGCAGACCAGAGUGGCCGGCUGCCUGGCUCUGGGCUGCAUCAAGGCUCCAGAAGGCAUUGAGCCCUUGGUGUACCUCUGCCAGACGGACACAGAAGCCGUUAGGGAAGCAGCUCGGCAGAGCCUGCAGCAGUGUGGAGAAGAGGGACAGUCUGCCCACCGAAGGCUGGAGGAGUCACUGGAUGCCCUGCCCCGCAUCUUUGGGCCCGGCAGCAUGGCCAGCACGGCAUUCUAAACUCCCCACCCAGCGGCCCCCAGUGCCCCUUCCCCGCACCUUCAGGGCUUACCAGGCACUGGCAGGGAGGAUGAGGGCUGGCUCCAGGCAUCCUUCCCUCACAGAUUCCUAUCAAUGAAAAUCUAAUAUAUUCUCCUGUUGUCCUUGGGGUUGGUGGAGUCAGUGCCACAGUCAAGUGCCUCCCAGCCUUGGCUCAGCACACUUGCCAUAGAUUGGUGUCCUGGGCCUGGCCGUCCUGCCUCUGCCCUGCCCUUGGUUUUGUAUUUUAUUUACAGAGUUUUACAGAAAAUAAAAAAAAAAAAAGCAGAAAUGCCUUUCCUACAUAGCCUGGACUGGUGCACUUCUAACCUCCUGCUCCAGCAUCUUCUGGCUGUGGCCCUGACACUAGUGUGUCCACACUCCAACUGUGACAGUACCAUGUGCUUUUUUGCCGUGAAAAUCCAGAUGGAAGAAGCUCAGAGGCUGGAAAUGGGCUUGGAAAAGAGGGCAGAGGAAGAGGGUGGUGGAGUGUUGCCGAGGAGGCCCGGCCUGCAGGUUCGGAGAGGCUCUCACUCUGGCAACUCUGGACAGUUUUGAGCCUGCUACCUCCGGUGACGGGAGGCUGAUGACACCACCAGGAGUCAGAUGCACCAGAGCAGGGAAAGUCUGUGCCCAGAUGUCCUGUGGAGCCUGUGCCAGCCUCUGUGAGGGGACAGAAGGAAGUGGGCCUCCAAGGUCUGUGACACCCUGAGAAACGCCCCACCGAUCAAGUCCAUCUAGGCUGCAGCCAUGCCCUGGCCACUAUUGCUGGGGCUCUCCCCGGGAGAAACUUAUAAGCCCGCGCUGUGAAAAAAGGGACCAGGCUGAGGUAGUCCAGCAUACAGUUUAUUGGGUAAGGGGGCACUGGAUCCCCCCACCUCACCUCCUUUCCUUUUGCCCUCUUCCAACCUUACCUUUCCUCCAGUCUCUGCUCUCCUUCCUCAUGUAUUCAGAGCUGCAGAGAACCAAAAAAAGAAGAAAGAAAAAAACAUGGUAAAGGCAAAGAGGCAGAUGGGUUGGCAUGUGGGAAGAGAACUGCUUCUUUGUCUUGCCCACAGAGUGGGGGUGCCUUCCUUGUGUGCUUCUGCCUGGUGUGUGGGUACAAUUUGCUGAACCCUGGACAUAUGACAUGUUCCCCCCACCCCUGGCAUCUCUGGAGGACCCUAUUUAGGCCAUCUCUCGGCCAUGGACAGAAGGCUGUUGGCCUGGCUGCUGGACCUGGCUCUCCUGGGCCGACGUAAUACAGAGGGUGAGCUUGGGAAGGACUCCCAGACCUAAAUGAACUGCUACGGAAAAACAUCUAUCAUUUGGAAAAUAAGACUGUCAUUGACCUGCAGGAAGAGGCCUCUUGUUUCAGAAGGCUGCAAUGGGGUGAUGGUCAUAGUUUGAGUUUGAUAUCAAUGGUCAAGUCUCAUUUUUCUCUGAAGACACCCAGAGCAUAUUGGAUCUGCCAACAGUAUUGACUUGGAGAAGCUGAAUAAGCAACCGAAUUGCCAUGUUAACACUGACGUUUCUAGCUGUUUCCUCUGACUCUCUCUACAGCUUUCUCCUCCUCCUCCUCCUCCUCAAGCAUCCUCUUACAAACAUCACUCCACAGCAUUCCAUUCUAGGCCCCUUGCUCCUCUCUUUUGAAACACACUCCCUGAAGCACCUUAUCCAUUUCUCUGGCUUCCAUCUAUAUGCUGAGGCUGUAUGCCUCAUGGCUGUAAUUCACAUGGCUCUCUCCUCAUCUCCUGACCCUCAUAUCCAACUGCUGACUGGACACCUUUUGAAAAGCAUGCUCAAAAUCAAACAUCUCAAAACCUGCUUCUCCUCUCAGACUCUCGGGGUUACCAUCUACCCAGUUAUUGGUACUCAAGCCAGGUACUCAAGCCACACAACUGGGCCUCACCCUUGAUUCUUGCCCCUGUGCCCUCAUCCCAACCAUCACAAUCUUUGCAAUUAAAUACCCUAAAUAUU